UCGAUUUUCAAACAAACCACUCCACGUUCGGAACACAACCAAGACGCACGCACCUCGCGUUCGUCUUCUUUGCUUACCAGUGCUUGUUAAUCGCCAAACUGUGUGCCGUUAAGAUGUGUGAAAAAAGAACCAGAAAAAUAAAGAGAGGGGCGGAUCUGAACCGUCUGCGCGAGCAAAGGCGCAGCCACCGCCGUCGCCACAACCUGCCUCUAACACCCCCUGAUAGCGAUGACUCUAACCAAGGCGCCGACCCCGCACCACCGGUCGACCCCGCCACCCAAAACCAGGUCAUCUACGACCUAGCCUGGAAAACAGUCGCUCUCGUCCACAAGAACCGCCUCAUCCAACAAAGAAUCAUCGAACUCCAACAACAAACCUCCGAGUUCGUCACCAGCAUCAUGAAAAACCCAGAAAACAGACGCCGCUACGCCGAGUACGUCCGAGUGUACGGACUACCGCAGCGACUACUGCUGCAAGUCCGCACCAACAAGUCCGCACCGUAUGACGUCAAACUGAAGACAGAAAAAGAUCUGUAAAUUAUUUCCCUUUUUUCUCAUGUGAGUUUCGGUCACAUCUGUAUUUGUAAUAUCUAUGUUGUCUUUUUAUGAUUUGCGACAUUCCUUUAAGGUGCCUGGUUUGGAUUCAGUUGCGUUCCAUGGCGGCACUUUUUUUGAGAACUGUAUGUCCAUUGCUCAGUUUUGACUUAUCUCUGCCAGUAUUUCGGCUCGUAUGUUGUGCUAUUGUAAGUCCUAGUGAUAUGUCAGUUCCCAGUGUAAACGGGAACCAAAGUACAUAUGACAACAGUGACAAAGAUCUCGACUGUCUGACUGCUGAAUUACGAUCUUAAAGUUAAGUUUCUGUCAUCGCCUGUUCUUGAAAAAUACCUCAAUUUGACCGUAGAUUUCUUAUUAAUAUGGUUGUGCUGCUGUCUCAAAGACAGAGAAGACAGAGAAUUAACUUUGAGCGUUAACUGUUCGGGCAUUAGUUACGUAUGAAGUAUUUAUUGUUGUAAUCGCACCGUGUAAGCCUUUUAGAAUGUCCCGGAAUAAUGUCGUUUAUAAACACGGCCCUUGUAGGCGUAGAAAACAUUUGAUUAGGUAACCCUAUCCAGCAAUAAUUAAAUGCAGUGUCUUAAAUGAAAAAGUUGUGGCUAUUGUAGGGUUACGUGUUGUUUAUAAGUAAGCAUUAUGAGGUUGUAUUGUAAGAGGCUGCUUAGUUAAGUUACGUAUCUUCGUACCACAUAAUUGUUUGAUAUGAUUAAUGAAUGGUUAGCCGUGUAUUUGACGUAUAUUUGGUCAAUUUUUAAAUAAUAUUGUUAGUAUCCUUAUAUUAUUUAAAAUUGAAUUCAGUUACACUCUUUUAGGUAUCAUGGUUUGACAUUCAAAAACAUAGUAUUACAAUAUUUUUUAACUUAAAUAUUUUCAUUCACUGCCAUUAAGGUUAAAAUCAUGGUACGAAGACUUAUUCGAAAGGAUUAUAAUACUCUCUUAUUAUUAAAGUAAAAUAAGUAUCUUUAGUUAUAGUUUUUUUGUACGAAAGUUUUAAUUUGGUUCAAAGAUAGAAGACGCAUUAAAAGUAUGUUACGUUUAAAAACAUUAGAUUGACUUUAGACAAGUCGUGCCAUUUUACGAACUAAAAGUUCAAAAUUGUUAAAGAUAUGUUUCAAAACGUGAUUAGGAUGGUGACACAAUCAGUGGAAUUAUUUAAUAAUUUUCCAUUUGAAGAUUCUCCUCCCAGUUUUCGAAAAAUAUUUGAAAACAAAGUUUUAGUUUUUCACGCAUUGUCAAAUUUUCAACAAUUCACUCUCGCGAUCAUGUCUCGAAACUUUCAUAAUGUGUUUCAACUUUGAGAAUCGUUUUUGAAACGUAUAAAAUGACAGUGAUUUUAGAACUUUAUAUUAAUAAGUAAUUUUUAUUUCAUAAAGUAGGUAUGAAAUUGAGGAAAGUAUUUGAUUUCGUACUUUAGCAAAAAAGGAAUUAAAAAUGUUAACUGUUAUGAUUCGUGUUGAAUAAAUUAGAUUAACCUUUAGACCCGCCGAUGAAAAUUUUAGUAAUAAAACAAAUACUUUCUUGAAAAUCAUAGAUUCAGUCCGAUAUGAAAAUUGCAUUUAAUCUAAGUAACACGUAUUUGUGGAAUUAAGCACAGAUCUACCAAUCACUGUGUUCAUUUUUAACGUAUUGAGUAGUUGUGUUGUUUUAUAAAUCACAAAAUAAGUACUUUGCUUGUACGUAUGAGUAUCACUUUUGGUAUAAUCUCUACAUUUAAUUUGAAAGUUUCAAAUUUCAUAAACUUCAAUUUUGUAGGUAUGGGCAUGAAAGAAUAUAAUUUUUUUCUCUCCUCAAUACAACAUACUUUUUGCGCAGUGCUUGAGUAGGUACGUUACUUUGAGUUACGUACGACUUACGAGUAACAAAACUAUAUUUAUUCAAAAUAAUUAUUUGGAAAUGUAUGUCUGAUUGUUUCUGGGAGUGUGAUGAAUUGGCGAAAUAAUAAAUAUUAAUAAGUGUGAUCUUGUUAAGUAUUAAAUCUAAAAGACUUCGAUGUUGUUUCUAUGCACAAUGCUCCCGGUGUAUACUAAGCUUAUUGUACCAACGCUUUAUAACUAAGUUUUUUCUUGUGGUUUUUAGCUGUAAGACUUUUUGAAAAAUAAACUAGUCUGUCUUGAAUACUACCUA